AUGCAAUGUCCAGCGAAAGCCGAUGGCUCAACACAGUAUGAAAACUGUACAGGUGAACUAACAAGCAGUUAUUAUCCGUUGCAAUAUCUACGUAUGACAUUUCGUGAUGGUAGUUCAUCUCCGUCACUAACAUUCACUUCAAAUCGUUAUUUGACAAGUCCAUCAAUUAGGCCAUGCCACGGAAAUUUGAGUGGCGUCUACGCGGUCAGAUUUAAGAUUACAACACCACCCAAAUUUGUAACUCAAUACAUUUUUAACUUUUAUCAAACUGGCAUUUUACAAGGGGGUGGUGCGAAUGAAAAUAAUGAAAAAAAUCCCACAAGUAAUAUUUUCGGGACAUGGGAAUGCAAUAACAACAGCAAAUUAGAAUUAAAAUUUUUACUUUUUGAAUUUGUAAGCCAUAAUCGCUCGUCACCAACCGUGUACCCAGCACUGUUUACACUUAAGUGUCAAAACCAACAGUGUACCGGUACUGGCGCAACUUUCAGUUAUCUUGUGAAAUUACCUCACAAUGGCAAAAUUUCUGGGACAUCAUUGACGCAAGUGAAGUACACAAUCACAGCACAGAAACUACAAUAUGAGAACUACUAAACAACCACGUUUCGUCGUAUGGUUAAUAGCUUCCUGCUACAGUAGUUUUGUUUUACAGUUAACUUAAUUCAUUCACAUUUAAAUUCGUAUUUUAUUCAACCUUCUGUUGCACCUUCUUGUUUUAUCUCACCGUCGCACUACAUCUGCUCUAAAACUUUUCCAUUUUUUCAUUUUUACUGCGUUUGAUUUAUUUUAGUGAAGGAAUCUUCUAUUGUUUAAAAUUCUUUGGUCCCAUUUGUAUUUUUCUAAACUGAACAAUCAGAUAGAUAUUAUUUUCUUUCUUUUUGAACUUCUACAGUUUACAGUUAGAGUUGUCUUCGUUUUACUUGAAACUGGUAGAUAUCUAAUGGAAAUCAGAACACACAAGAAAAUCAGAUCAGAAGACAAGCAGAUUUACAGGUAAGUCAGAAAAGCCAAAGCUCUAAAGUCGUACUGAAGACUCAACAAUUUGAAACAUUUCUUGACUCAAACAAGGACCCAAGUGGCCCAUCUCAGUUAGCCACAUACGUUUUCAUCAUUUUGGCCAUCUCUAACUUUUCUAGAAUGCCUCAUUCGUCCAAAAUCUCUCCGCAUCAGGAUGAGUCUCAUUCUAAUCGCGAAUAAAUAUGUUGUCGAUAAAUUUCUGCCGGUUUGCUUCCUUCGUUUUGCUAUUCAUGUAAAAACAGUGGAUUCGAACGGAUCGAUAUUAAUGCAGAAUGAGUUGACUUAAUUUAAUAUACCUCAAAAACAUUCACUGUUUUUACACAAAUAGAGCAAUGAAUUCUUUGCAGGAAACUCAUGAUCUCACAGAUCACUCAUCAAACUCAAGAAAUAGUAUUUUGUGGCUCUGGAAGCGGAACGAUCGAAAUUUAUCUUGAUGCAAAAACCUGUUGAUUCCACGUGCUUACCAGAGAAAACUACUAUGAGGUUUACGGUCUCCGGAUCUAUCUUCAAAAGUUUCUACAAAUCUAACGUGGCUGAAAACCUGCGAAAUACUCACCUUUCUGACCAGUUUUGACGCUUUUUGGUGUUUUUCUCGAUUCCAAGUAGUUUUCAGAAAAUUGUUUUAUUCUUUUGGAAUCAGCGUCAAGUUCUGUAUCACACUCUAAAAAAAACGUGUUUUUCGAAUUUUCAGAAAACUGGUUGAAGAACUCCGUUGAGUUCUUUGAAACUUGGAGAAGUGAACUUCUGUUUUUUAACAAGAAAAG